AUGGCGCGCCAGGUCUAUCGCAAUCGGGGUGAGGGCACCUAUGGGUUGAGGCAGUACGAAACUGCCCCAUUGUUGACCCAAAAUGCGAGCGUUGACGUUCACGAGUUUAAGGAGGCGCGCCUCAUGGACCUGCAUGGCCGUAUGCUGGAGGUCUACCAACGCGUGAACGACUGCUUCUCAUCAGCCUUCGCCCUGAACCACUGCGAGUCGCUAACCUUCGAUGUGGUGGAGUACAGGUCUCGCAGUUAUUAUCUCUUGUCGCAUUUACCGUGUUUUGAGGAGAUGCAGGGGAUGAACCAGGUGGCAGGUCUGUGGAGUGACCUUUUCCAAACGGAGCUAUCGAUGUUAUCCAACCCGCUGCUUCUCGACAAGAAUAUCGCAAUCGCAAAACGGAUGAAGCACCACUACUUGACCCGCGAUCAUCCGCCACCAUCGGCAUCGCAGCGCCUUCAGGCUUCGCCCGCCUUGACGGAGGUGCAGGCAUCGGCACUGGACUACACGCCAGUAACCGAUGAUUCGUCCGUAGAACCUGCUGUGAUGUCGGUGCUGAACAACCUGGUGACUUUCAACGAGCGGUUGAGCAAGGACUGCUCGGAGGACCGCACGUACUACGAUAAGCUUCGUGAGGGACUAAUCUUCAUCAGGGAAUCGGAGCUGUUGAGACGGUCGCCGAUCGGCGCCCGUGACCGCGGCAAGGCGCUGCCGUUCCUCAAGCGGCUUUGCCAGUCGUUCGACACCGACAAGUGCACGCUAAACCUGUCGAUGUUGUUCCUCGACUUCUACCUGGAGACGGUGGUAGCGCGUGAGGACUUUCAUGACACAGAGGACGACAGCAGGGUGCUGCGAAUUGCCGCAGCAGCCUACCUGCUGGCUUGCGCGCUGCGCGAACACUGGACGGACAUUUCUAGCGACUCCUAUCUGGAGCGAGCCUCCCAGAUGGUGAAUGGCGUCUUCACCCCGCAGGACAUCAUGGCGACGCAGUUGGAUAUUUUGCAGACCAUGCCUCGCGGUUUCACGUCGAUGUACACGACAAUGGAAUAUGGCAUUUUUUUCCUGGCUAACAUCAAGGGGAACUACAAGCCGCCACGCACCCACACCAGCACACCCAGCAAUCCGUCCAAAAGCUCCGGACAGUCUAACCCCACGAUGCGACGUGGAAGCAGUAGCGAGGACACUUCUGCUUACAUAAGAGACUACCGUCUGCGUCGUGCUCUGAACUCACCGAACGACUCCGACGCCACCAUGCCGUCUGGGAGUUCCACGGAAAGCACCAACGGGUUUCCCAGGCCAUCAACAAGCAGAUUUGGGAGCUCAUACGACACCAAUCGCACAACUAACGCUCCAUUUCGCCAACCUACGGAUCGGCUGAGCACGCUGCCGGUCAACGAGACGGAGCCCAGUGCGUCCUCUGCGCCACAGGGCAUGGCCAGAUCUCUGGCCUUGCGCGACUACCUACUGCUGGAAAUGGCAUUCCGCUACAUGGUCGAGAACGGCGGGUUCGCGUUCCUGUACCACUGCCUGAUUAAGUGGGACGACAUGUACAUCGCGCGCAACUGGAACCUCUUCAUUCCGCCAAGCCGCAUGGCUGCGGUGCUGAUUUUCCACUUUUUUGCCGAGUUUUGCGGGGUGGACUGGCAGAAGGACGUCGUGUGGUGCCGAAGGUUCUGCUUCCGCGUAUUACGGAUGCUGUACGACUGCGACGUGGCCCUAUGGUACCAGAUGUUCCAAGAGAGCAUCCGCAAGUGGACGAACAGCGUCGCUCAGUCUUCCACACGCCUAGGCGAGAUGGCCCUGCUGCUCGAGCUGUCAGGUCAAAAGUUCCGUGCUGCGGAGGCGACCCUGCAUACUUUCUGGUCGAAGCUGCUGUUCGACUACACCGAGCGUGGCGGGGAACUGACCGACCUCGAACACGUAUCGCUGAAGAGCGCGUUACCCGCCGUCUACCAGCUGAUGACCCAUAAAUGA